ACGUGGAGUGCCAGAGCGGAGUUUAGGAGCGGACGAUUGUUAAAGUUCACGAGGGAGGGAGGUAGAGCCAGACAGAGCAGGACCACGCUGAAUCCAGGGAUCUCAGCCCGCCAGGCAGAACCUCGCAGCAGCCCCAGCAAGGUGGAGUGGAGGAGGAGGGCGGCGACAUCCUUCCUUGGCGAAAGGGUCAGACAGCGGGAGUCGACCAGGGUUGCGCCGGAGCAGCAGGAGCGCUCCAGCCGGCCAGAGGGACCCAGCAGUCUGGCGGAGGCGAGGCAGAGGGCAGCUGCAGCAGGCGCCUGCCUUUCUCUUCCCUGGAGGGGCUGAGCGCGCUUACCUGCUGCCGGCCGGAUCCUGCUCGCCGCCGCCGCCGCCUUCCUCCUCUUGCCCCAGGACUGGAGGCAGCAGAAGCGCCACCUGCGCGCCCUGAAGCCCAGCCGCCCUGCCCGCCUCCCUCCCCGCCAAGAUGCCCAAUUUCUCCGGCAACUGGAAGAUGAAGAGUUCGGAGAACUUCGAGGAGCUGCUGAAGGCGCUGGGCGUCAACGUGAUGCUCCGGAAGAUUGCGGUGGCUGCUGCUUCCAAGCCCGCCGUCGAGAUCAAGCAGGACGGGGAGUCUUUCUACAUCAAGACCUCGACGACCGUGCGCACCACGGAGAUCAACUUCAAGGUUGGGGAGGAGUUUGAGGAGCAGACGGUGGACGGGAGACCCUGCAAGAGCUUGGCCAAAUGGGAGAGUGACAACAAAAUGGUCUGUGAGCAGCGGUUGCUAAAAGGUGAAGGGCCCAAGACCGGCUGGUCCAGAGAAAUGACCAAUGAUGGAGAGUUGAUUCUGACCAUGACGGCUGAUGAUGUUGUCUGCACGAGGAUUUACAUCCGGGAGUGAGAGGCCUGCUGGGGGGUGGGGGGUGGUGUAUGGGGCGGGGGAGGGCACUCGGGAGCACCAGACCCCCACAUAGGGAGGUCACCACGGAUUCCACUUGGGCUGAUCCCAGCCUGCCCACCUUGACUCCUCGGCCAUAAAGCACACCCUCCAAAAGCAACCCAGGGUCUCUAUGGCAGGCAGGAGAGCAUUUCUCCACUCCAGAAAACCACCUGACCCAUCUCUCUCUCUCUCUCAAUCUCCACGUUCAGAGGCUCUACAAGCAGCAAAACCCAACUAAGAGAACAAGCUGGAGGUCUCUCAUGACAUUCCCCCAGCCCCAACCGGGUAGCUGUUGGGAUGGAUAAAGCCAGCUCUGUCCUAGUGACAUUAAACUCGCGAUGACCCACAGCUCCUGGGGGAAUGUCCCCAAGCAGCCCUCUGGGGAACAGACACAGGCUUCCCUUGUUUAGAAAGCUCUCGGUGGAAUUUAGGGUCAGACCCUCAAGGGCAGGGGUCCAAGAAGCGCACCCCAUGGUGGUGUUUCUUCUCCUCAAUUUCCCUCGGGCAAUGAUGGGGUGGGGGAGAAGGGGCCAGCAGCUGGUUUCCUAAUCCCUCCAACCCCCAAACGAGCAACUGGGUUGGGGGGCAAGUUGCCCUCUUCUCAUCCCUUUGUGCCCUGCCUGUUGAACCCCAGAAGUGGAAAGGGUUGUGCUCUGGUCAGGGAGUUGAUGUGCUUUCCCCGCAAACUGACUUGAAGGCUAUUAUUUUAUACAGAAGGUUUUGGGGUGCCCCUGCCCCUCAGUUGCCAAAAAAGUAAGAGCUGUAAUUUAGCUGAGAUACAUUCUGCUCUCCCCCCCCGCACUUCACAAAUUAAAAAAAACCCUGCUCUUCUUUCUCUAGAUCUGUUGUCUUAAUCAUUUCUGUGAUUUUAGAGGUAUUUAUUUGUGACUGUUGCAUGGGAAAAGAAAGACGCGAAAACCACCUCCCCCGUGACAAACCAGCACUGUGUCUAUUUGUGCAGAAUCCGCCCACCUCUUUGAUCUUCAGCUUUCUUGCUAAUAAAUGUCUCCUAAAAACAAAA